AUGUUACAACGGCUGCAAGAGCUCACAGGAAAAAGCACGAUCAGAGUGGUCGGUUGUCGGUUUUGUGCGGAAGUGGGAAAGACCCGGACCUGCCGGGCAGCUGCCGCAGGAAGGUUUCGGCCAAGCAACGUUGCUGCGUAUCGCCGAGUUGAGUCCAGUCAGAGGACUGGCAACGGCAGCCACUUGAACGUCUUGGGAAAUCUUGGGGAAGCCAAUUGCCAGCCAGCGAUUGAGUUGUUGCGUGUCACAAAACCAACUCCAACACAACAGGAACAACAACACAAAAGCCCAACAACAACAAUGAUGGCCCCCAUGACCCACUCCUGCUCUCCCUUUGGCACCGCCAUGCCAUGGCAAUCACCCUGCAACAAGGACACCAUCCGCCCUCGCCGCGCCAGUGGUCGUGGUCUCGGCAGAAACAAGCGCACUUCCUGUUUGGUAGAAGGAGCCGCUGCGGAGCCACUCAAGAGACGCAACUCGCGACGCAAUGUCCAACGCAGUGUUCACUUUGCGGUUGACAGUACUAGCAGUGAAGAACCAGUACAGGUCCAAGUCCACUCCUUUGUCAAAUCGGAAGACAAGACCAUGCUCUGGUGGUCUCGCGAGGAGCUUGUGGAAAUUGGACAACGCGAUCGUCAAUUGGCGGAAGAACACAGACCAGUCGCCACGGAAGGACUACAAGAUUUGUGGGAUGACUCUGCCAGGAGUGCCGCACGCCGCGGCAGUUGUGGCCGUCGUCGUUCCAUGGAUGUCACAAUUGGUGGUGAAGACAACAGCAACAGCAUCUUGUCACUGGACUGCCACGGCGACGACGAUACACUGCGUGGAUUGGAAGCGUCGUUUAUUCUCCGCAGCAUUUGCGGCAGUCGUCGCGCCAUGCGACAUGGAAUUGUCAAUGCCCAAAAGGAAUGCUAUCAGACCCAUCCCACCAUGAAGGUCCGCAUUUUGAGCCGCACGGCCUCCCAUUUGUCACGGGCAUCGGUCGAGUUUGCACACAAAAUGGCACUCGAAGAUGCCAAGGCUGUUGCACAACAAUAA